UUUACAUACAAAUAUAUAGGAAAAAUCUUUAAAAAUCUUCUUCCCAGAACCACUAAGCCAGAAAAGCUGAGAUUUAUAUGAAAGCUUUCUGAUAUAUUGCAGAUUCAGGUUUGUUAAAAUCAUGGCCCCCUGGGGUAGGAUGGGGCCACAAUAGGGGAUCAAAGUUUUACAUACAAAUAUAUAGGGGAAAUCUUUAAAAAUCUUCUUCUCAAGAACCAUUGGGCCAAAGAAGUUCACAUUUACAUGAAAGCUUUCUGACAUAGUGUAGAUUCAAGUUUGCAAAAACCAUGGCCUCCAGGGGUAGGUUUGGGGCCAUAAUAGGGACUACGGUUUUACAUGCAAAUAGAUAUGGAAAAUCUUCUGAUAUGGACCAAGGUGACUCAGGUGAGCGAUGUGGCCCAUGGGCCUCUUCCUUUUUUUAUGUUACAGGGUCAGACAAGGUUCAAUCACUUAGGUAUUGUACUAUCAUCUCAUAGAAGGCUGAAAUUUCAAGAAAAUUUAGGCGAUUCUUACCAAGACCUGAUUAUUAAAGAUUUGCAGUCAAACCCACUAGUGAAGGUGACAGGUGACAAUCUGGAUGUGUAUGUAAAAGCUUCACAAUUAACUGCUGGUAACAGAAAUAAAGACCUCCAUCUUUUCACUUCGAACAUAAUAUUUCCACGCAUAGCCACAAUAGACAUGAACAAUGACAACCCAAAGGUUGAUAUUAGAACAUUGUCAGCAAAAAGUGUUCUCCUUGCUUCAGAUAGUCCACAGUGCGGAAGACUGAAAUAUUCUUACUGUGUUUUACUGGUUAGGAUUCUGUGCACAUUUCCUGCAUUUGAACACUUGAAGAGGCUAAUACCAGAUCAUAUUCCACAUGAAUACACAGAAAAGAUGUCAAAAGCUUCAAAAUUAUAUCCAUUACCUGUUAUGUUCAAGAAUGAGGCUAAGCAUGAGGAUUGCUUAGCAAUCAUGGAUGGAUAUGAGGGUCAGUUAGUUGAGAUGUAUACCAAAGCAUUUGGUGAUGUUACACUUCUGAGAAAACACAAGGUGGUGGUAGGUGGUGAUCUGUUAACACGGAUCAGACUGCAGGAAGCUAAAAACUUGCGUACAUUAUAAGUAACACCAAAGAAACGAUGUGAAGACUUGUACCCAAUAGUUUGUGAACUAUGGCACAGAAAACAGGACUUUUUGGAAAAAUGCUACAAACGUUCUACAAUUCUAAAAACACUCCAGGAACACUCAAUUUCUUCAAAACGGUAUUACACAGAUCAAAUGUAAAUGGAACCGUGUAAGGAAAUUUUAGACCUCCUCAUGAUUUCCUCAUGCUUGUGGGUGAGGCUCUUAUUAAGGAGCAAUUCAUGGAAUAUUUGAAGAUGAAAGUGAAUGAGAGCAAACCAGAAAUUGACCUUCUGACAUGCACAGAGGAGAAAACAGAUGAUGAGAUAAAGGAACAACUCUUCGGUUUAAUUGGUGAUUUCAUUGAGCAUUAUGGAUACUGCAAAGUUAACACUGAACAUUGUAAACCAAGAGAUCUGCUAGGUGAUCAGAAAAAGGAGAUGAUGUGCUGUUUAACUAUUCCCUGCAACUUUGCCAUUAGUACUAACAUUUGCUUGAAAUGAAUGACACUGCCAAAGAGGGUGACUUGAACAGGGUAUUCUUGAAUUGCCAGUAUUCACUACCAUUCUUCUUUUCACAUUCGGCUCUAAGUAAGUACAUGGUAGAAAACAUCGACUACAUAUUGAAGUGUCAGCACUUUUUGUCUCCCCUUCAAAGGAUUAGAGUUUUGAAAGGGUCAUUUCCCAAUUGUGGAGAAAUUGGAAAAAAAAUGUUGAAAGUGACUUGGUACAAGAGCAUAGUGUUUGUCACCAAAAGCAGUUAAUUAAGUCACUUGAGUGCAAAUAAAACUGAGCAAUCCAUAUCUCGGGUAACACGAUCAGCUGAUGCAAUAAAUGAAAUAUAUACUAACUUUGAUAACAGCAUUCUUUUAAAACCAAAAAGUGGGAGACAUGCGAAAGUAGUCACGGAGGCCGACCAAACAUGCAUGUACAAAGAACUUAGAACGUUGAGGCCAUUUCAUCAUACCCCUUGCAGAGCAUGUGAUGGUUUCAAUAAAAUUGGACAUGUGCCAUUAAAAUAUGAUGAUUUCCCGAAACUGAACCUCAGCAUUGAUUAAGUAGUAAAACGUCUGACCAGGGGAUUCACAAGUGAGUGGGAAGAUGAAGAUGAAGAUGAUGUUGAAGACAAUGACAAUUUAGAAAAUUUGCCAGCAAUAUGAUUCAAACUGUGAUAGAAUAUAUGAAAGUAUGAUGAUUGACAGCAUAUUUAUACCCUGGCAUACGAAGUUAGGGGGGAUAUACUGGAAUCACCUCGUCCGUCUGUCUGUAGACAUCAUUUGUCUAGAGGAUAUCUUUAACACCAAUGAACAGAUUUCAUUUAAAACAUUAUGUAUAUCUUAUAUAAAUAAUGAAGUUGUGCACCUGCUAUUAUGAUUGAGAUAUUUUAAUAUUCAAGGAAGUUAUGGAUAUUUUUCUUCCAUUGUUCUCAAUGUCCAGAGCAUAUUUAACAAGAGACCUAUGGGCCACAUCGCUCACCUGAGUCACCUUGGCUCAUAUCUAAAGAUGUUUCCUAUAUAUUCGCAUGUAAAACUUUGAUCCCUAAUGUGGCCCCAACCUACUCCUGGGGGCUAUGGUUUUUUCAAACUUGCAUUUGGACUGUCAGGAAGCUUUCAUGUGAAUGUAAACUUUUCUGGCUGGUGAUUUUUCAGAAGAUUUUUUUAAAAUGAUUUUCCCUUUAUAUUUGUAUGUAAAACUUUGAUCAUCUACCCCGAGGACCAUUAUUUUAGUAAACUUGAAUCUACACUAUGUCAGGAAGCUGUUAUGUAAAUUUCAACUUUCUUGGCCCAGUAGUUCUUGAGACGGUUUUUAAAGAUUUUCUCUAUAUAUUUCUAUGUUAAACUUUGAUCCCCUAUUGUGGCCCCAUCAUACCCCUUGGGACCAUUACUUUAACAAACUUGAGUCUGCACUAUGUCAGGAAGCUUUCGUGUAAAUAUAAGCUUUUCUGACCCAGUGGUUCUGUAGAAGUCCAAAAUGUAAAAAGUUUGCAGAGAGACAGAAGGACAACAGGCGAUCAGAAAAGCUCAUUUGAGCUUUCAGCUCAGGUGUUUUUUCAACUUCAUUGACUUAGUCAUUUUCUUAUAGGUUUUGUAAUGAUUUGAUCUUUCAGAGACUACUGGGAUACUUUAGGAGAGGGUAUAAUGGAAUCAUCAGUCCAUUGUCUGUCCAUCUGUCAAUGGAUGAUUUUGGGAAUAAAAGAUGUGUUGUUUUCUGGCUCAUGUAACUGAAUAGUAGUUAUUCCUGUAAUAUUAUUCAGGAAUUACAUUAAGCAUAUCUUCAAUAUUCUGAGUAACACACAACUGCAGAAUAUCUCAACUAUCUUCAUGUCAAAAGGAUGUGUUUAUUCUUCAAUGAGCACAAAUUCACUAUUUCCCACCAUCCAAUGUGCCCUGUGGGGAGUAUUUGUCCUGCUAGGACAGAUUUAGCUUGUAUUUCACCUACUAUUUCUUUAAACGCCUGUGACAAGUCAUGAAUAUGAAUAAACAUGUCCUUU